GAUAAUCACAGAAUACAGUUCUCGUCUUGGGCAGAAAUUGUGUGUAUAGGUAGUCCGCAUUUUUCGAGCCGGGUGAGUAUCUAUCUGGGUACCGUGCCGGUUGCGUUAGACCCUAGGUGUCUUGUUCGAAGUACCCCGCGAGUGUUCCCGCUUGUGCUCGCUCCUUGCUGUUGAGUCGAGUUGCCUUGUGGUUCACAUCCAGUAAUCAGCCGCAUUACUUAUAUAAACGUCGUCAUCGCGUACGGAAUCAGGACUCUAUACUGGCGUAACGCUCACUUUUAAAGGAAUAAGAUUCUCGUGGUGUCGAGGGCUGGGGAAACCAGAGUUAGGGACCGGAGACACAGAUAAAGAGAGCAUGGAGCAUUCAUUGGCCACUAGUGGAGGUUUGGAGGUCCAGGAGACGAGUACAGCAAUCGCUGACGCCGAGGCACAACCUCCGGCAGAGAGGAACACCGAUCAAGCCCCGGCACUGUCUUCCGCCACCGAGAUCGUGCAGGGAUUUCCCGAGGGCCAGCAGUCGAGAGCCCCAGUGCAGCAGACAGCAACUCGCUGGUCGAGUCGACGGAACGGAGGCAGGGCUAGCAAGGCGCAGGAGCGGGAAGAACUCAAGAAGCAGAGGAAGAUGAGGAUUGAGAAGUUUGACGACUUUGUGGAAUGGAUCGACGGUGACGUGUCCUUGCGAUACCACCCCAAGGAUUCCGACGCUCGAAAACACCUCAGCGGUUGGGCCAUGCGAAAUACGAAUAAUCACAACAAGAAGGUGCUCAAGAAAUCCUGUCUUGGCGUGUACUUAUGCAACAGGUCUUGCCGGAGUCCUCACGGGGAGAUCGUCACCAUCCGACCUGCCACGUCCGACCGUGCCCGCCGCAAGCAGGCCGACAAGAAAUGUCCCCGGCCCGGUUGCGAGGGGAGACUCUACCAUGUGGCCUGCGCUGGAAAGAACGGUUACCCAGUCACUCACUUCUGGCGAGUGACAGAAUCCGUGAUCAUUUUCCAGUCCAAGGGUCGCCACGAUCACCCACGCCCAGACGUGGUCAAGACACCCUCUGUCGCCAAGUUGGCCUUGUUCGAGUACCACCGGGCGCACAAGCACGAACGACCGAAGGACAUCUGUAAACGGAUGGGUGUGCACAUCCACAAGUCCUUCAGCCGGGUGGACCGCGUCGCUCGCCAGCUGAGGGAGGUGCAGACGGUCCUGGCCAAGAACGACAAGGGCGUCGACAAGAAAGAGGAGAAGGAGACACCCAGCCACGGCUACUCCCUGCGGAGCCCGCUGACCCGGAUGUGGGCUUCGCACCACCACCACCACCACCAUCACCACCAGAAACUCGGCCCCAGUGACCCCCAGCAACAAGUUAGGCCAGGUUUGACUAUACCAGCUGGUGGCAUGAGGCAUAACUCUCUUGGCUCGAGUUACCAGGAUCAACCCCAGUACGAGUCAUGGGCAGGCAACUACUUCCCUCAACAACACGGGUUACAAAGCGACUACCAACACGGCUACCUGGCGGGCUACACGCCGACUCAGCUGCCCUCCGACUACUACCACCACACCGGCAUGUACGCCGGAUACCAGGUCGCCUCCUCGGCCGGGAGCAUCGUGUACGACUCGGCCAUGGAGCUGGAGAGCUACGGCACCCCGCUGCCGCCCAAGGCAGACCCCUUGCCGGAGGGAGGCCGGAUGACGGAGCUCACGGUCAUGAAGGAAUCCCCCAAACAGCCAAUGGCCUCACUUAACGGCACACCGACACUCGCCACCGUCAAGUCGGACUCUUCCAUGGCCCACACCGGUGACGGGAACCUGGAUCUCGCUAGCUUGCCGUUGAGCCAUUCCAGCGGUUCCCUGCUGUCCCCUUCUGGUCAUGGCCCCCUCAAACGCAGCCUUCCUCCCGCUCUCACCCACAUCGAGGCCAAGCAACCGAAGUUGGAGCAGUCGGGAAGCCUCGAAUCUCGCAACCCGAUCAAACUUACCGAGCAGACGCCAGGCAUCAACAUCGACAUGUCGUCCUUUUCCGACAUCUUCGACAUCAGCGCCUCUCUGGGCGAGGAGGGACUGGCCGGCCGGCCCAAGACGCCCGUGUUCCACGCCCCAUCGCCCCCAGUUUACGAGAGUCCCCAGAAGCCAACAGGGGCAGCCAUGAGCAGCGACAGCACCCCCCUGUCGCCGUCAAGCUCACAGGGCGAAGCGACGGCGAGGUCUCAGACCCCCGUCUCCGUCAGUGUGGCCAGCUCACCCCGCACCAGCCAUGACUACAGCAACGACGCUGAACCCCCCCUUGCCAGCCCCUCGGGCUUCAAGUACCGUCAGCUGAUCCACCACUCGCCGAGCGGGCCCGUCCUAACCGAGCUCAGCACCCACCCUCACCAAGCCCCGUCCAAUCCCGCGGAGGACGAGAACGGCACUUACAUCGACUUCCUUGUGUCCAUGUACCUGAAGGACAGCGAGAAGCCCAUCUCGACGCUCAAGAACGAGCUGCACGUCUACACCGAGCGAAACAACCAGAAAUCGCUGGCUUUCCGUGCCGAGCAGGGCUUGCAGUUCACCCCGCACCUCAAGUCGCCCACCUCCUCGCAGUUUGACUUCAGUUGGUACGACAUGGACCGUCGCAGUCAGCACUUUCGCGCCGCUUCCUCGACGCAGACCAGCCUAAUCAGCCCCCUCAACAUCGCUGGACAAUUCGACUUCACCUCGCCAUUUAUUAAGGAUCAAUCACCAGACACAAGUCGGGUUUUAUUCAUGCGAAACCCGCCCACCAAUACAGUGUCGUUGAACCGACACGUUUACUAGAACUGUCGUCGACGAAGUGGGUGUGACUGUAUUGAUAUUAAACUCGGCAUUUCUCUCAGUGGAGUCUAACCGCACCACUAAAUUUCGUAAUUUCAAACUUUAGCUAAACUAGAUUUUCUCGCACUGUGUAAUAUUGAAAGCUUACAUAUGAUUAUGAUUUCACUUUAAAAAAAAUAAAUUAUUAUGUUAAUUCUUUGCGUACAGGUUGAAUUUUCGAAAAUCAGCUGAGAUGAAAUUAUUCCAUCGUUUUACAAAGAGAUUUGUGCAGCUACAAAUGUACAUAGAAAGUGGUAUAGCGUUCAUAUUUACGGUAAACUAUUUAUUGCUUAAUAUGAAUAUUUAUUUCGUCGUGAAUAAAAGUUUCACACCAAAUGUGCGCAUCGCGCAGACCCUGUUAGUAAGCUUCAGACACAAAAAAAAUAGUUGUAUGUAUUCUAUCAAAAGGGACUCAUUUGCAUAUGAAUGCUUCACGCGGCGACUUUGUUAUCCAACGAAAGUGUGCGGCCACACUGCGUGUUCUUUGUGAAGGCUUGACUAUCGUUGAGUCGUGUGGAGUGAGUCGUAAAAUAAAUAUGCGGGCAUGAUUUCGCUCAUGUUGAAUGGAUUUUUUCCCUUUUUUUGAGUAAAAUACGAUCGACGUUAUAACAACACCACGGGACAUGCCAGCCCCAUUAACUCAAGCAACUCUAGUUUGAAGGAAAGCGUAUUUCGGGGUUUACUUUUGUUUUCGUUGAGUUUUGGUUGAGUCUUAAGACACUUAUGGACAUCACUUGAUAAAAAUUGAUGAAUCACAGGACGCGAAGUAUAACGCAAUAGUAUGGAAAUUAAGUUAAUUUGUUUAUAUUUAAAUCUUCUACCAUGUGUGAGCACGCAUUUUUAAAGUGUUUAUACCUGUAUAAAUGUAUACUAUUUACUGAAGAUACGAAAAAAAGUAGAAAUCUUUGGAACAGGCCCAAAUGGUAUUGAAAUUAUAACCAUGUUCUGUGGAACGAGGCCGAGUCAUUUUGGAAAAAAAACCAGUAAUAAUCCGAGAUAUUUUAAGAAAGGGACAGACUAAUGUUACAGCAGCAGCAGAUGUGGCAGCCGCUCACAACGCCCCCAGCAUGGCCGACAAAAGACCCCUUUUUUGCUCGUACGGCAACCGUCGGAAUAGAAGGCCUUUUCAACUUACCUACCCGCAUCUUAGCCUCCUGCGUUUUGUUUCACGCCCCGUACAAGUUAGAUUUCGUCAAGGAAUACAAAUCAGAUGGGUGAAGAAUUCGGGGGAGGGGGAAUGUACAUUUAUUCUGCCAUCUUUUACAAAAUUAUUUUGCUCAGAAAAAAAUCGUAUAGCAUUUUUCUUCAAUGGUUCAAAUUUAAAGUAUAUCUAUGUUUUAUUCGGGGUGGGUGGGUAGGGGAUGAAGAAUAACGGUUAUUGUAGCGUCUGCACAUAGUGGCCGUGAAAACUUGGGCAUUAUGACUGAACACAGCAUUAAUGUUGUUCAUCUCUUUCUAGCCAUAUUUUUAAAAUGAAAAAAAAAUGAAGUACUUGUAUUUAUCUUGACAGUUUUCUUAUCAAUAAAUUUAGGUAGGCAAUUUUUUUUUCUUUUUUUUUCUGUUGUCGUUGUGCAAUAGGAUCUAUCGGUUGCAUAGAUUCGAAGUGGAAAAUCUGUGGCGUGUUUGAGUCAUCGAUGUCACAUUCGCUCGUAGUGGGGGACGCGUUUUUCACAAGUUGCCCCAGGAAAAGUUUACGGAGCGUGAGGAACGACAUCAGGAGGUUGGGUUGGGGCAAAGGUAACAUUCUGGUAACGGUCAAUGUGACAUGUAUAGUGGACCCGGCCACAUAUACCUUGAACAAGGCCUCUGUAUAGGGUCUAAAACUUUUGAUUAUUGUUUUUUGCUUUCAAGGUAUUAUGCUUUAGAAAUGGUCAUUCGUGACUCUUUUUUUUUGAGCGCAGUGCCUUAUAAUAAAUAGAAAACCAAGGCAGAUAUGGUUAA